CAGUGAUCAAGUACACCAGCUAUAUUUCAGUUAUAUCUAAAAACAUUAAACAACAUAACGCAUUCGUAUUUAAUGCACAAAAUGAAUAAAUCCUAGACAAAGUUGCUUGUAUCUAUACUUCAAUACAAUAUAAUGCUAUCUAUAAUAAUUCAUUGUUAUCAACGCUUAAUUGAUAUCAAAUAAAUGUAUUGGACAUGUAAAUACUAAUAGCAAUUGUGAUGUCUUACUUAUCGCAACUCAUAACAUUUACAUUAUACUUCUCAACUGAGACAAUUGUACGUUUGAAUAGUAGUGUUUUACAAACAAUGGGACUUGAGAUCAUAAAAUAACAACUUAAAAGUGUUUUGAACAUCACGAAACAACAUGGCAGAGGAAAAACAGAAAAACACCGAAUGGAUAGAAGAGAAUCCGUUGAAGGGAACUGUGAUUGAGAAAGUGGAGAAAAAAACAUGGGGUGAAAAGUAUGAACAUGUGAAAAGGAAUAUAACAGUGGAACCUUUGCUCGCUGGUCUCAUAAUACCGAGCGUGAUAUCAAGAUUUGCGAUGGGUAAUCUCAAUUUGGAUAAAGCAUGCCGAGUUAACCUACAAUUCGGAAAUGAGGUUUGCGACGCCUUAGUAGCAAAGAACAGCAGUAACUUUUCUUCGUAUGAAAAACAAGUUCAGCAACUUAUUGCAUCUAUAGACAUUUGGAAGAGCAUCAUUCAUACCGGAUUACCUUGUUUGAUGAUAAUGUUCUUAGGAGCUUGGAGUGACAGAACUGGAAAGAGGAAGAUUAUUAUAUUACUCCCAGUUAUAGGAGAACUUUUGACAUCCAUCAGCAAUUUAAUUAAUGUGUACUUCUUCUAUGAAAUUCCUGUUGAAGUCACUGUGUUCUUAGAAACUUUCUUUCCUGCUAUAACUGGUGGAUGGGUUACAAUGUUCCUAGGUGUUUUCAGUUACAUUAGUGAUAUAACUUCGGAAAAGACUAGAACAUUUAGAGUAGGUUUAGUUAAUUUCUGUAUGACCUCCGGACUCCCGAUCGGGCUUGGCCUCAGUGGCAUUAUUUUGAAGAACUUCGGAUACUACGGCGUAUUUUCGAUGACCACAGUGAUGUUUGUCCUGGUGCUCACAUAUGGAUUCACUUGUCUGAAGGAGCCAGACCAGUUUCUCAAAGAACAAGGAUUAACCCCGAUUGAACGCAAAUCGUCGCCAGAUGUGUCGUUCUUCGAUCUUACUCACGUGGGUGAGACUAUGAAGGUCGCGUAUCGUCCUCGGCUACUUAACAAAAGGGUCAAGGUUAUACUUACUCUGUUUGCAGUCUUCAUACUGUAUGGACCGGCUACAUCUGAAUUCCAAGUAUUGUACCUGUUUCUAAGAAACCGGCUCAAUUGGGAUAUGGUGAAGUUUGGUCUAUUCUGCAGUUACUCGAUCAUAUUGCAUUCUUUUGGCGCCAUGUUUUCUAUCACAGUGUUAAGCAAGAAACUACAAGUUGAUGACUCCGUUCUGUGCCUGAUCUCUCUUUUCAGCAAAUUCGUGGGCUCCAUAUGGACGGCUUUUGUUCAGACUGACCUCGAAAUGUAUAUGCUUCCGAUAGUAGAGUUGUUCAACGCAACCACAUUUACAUCACUGCGAUCCAUAAUUUCCAAGUUGGUGGACAAACAGGAAACCGCUAAAGUGAAUUCGCUAUUUUCGUUAACGGAGACGGUGGCGGCACUUGUAUUCCAUCCAUUCUACGCGUGGUUAUAUAUGAGCACUCUGUACAUAUUCUCUGGCUCCGUGUUCAUUAUGAGCGCUAUUUUCAUCAUACCUGGCAUCAUCAUACUCUCAUGGUUCUACUAUAACCACAGAAAAGACUUCAGGCAAACGAGAAAGCAAGCACUCGAGGCCGAAGAUAAAAAAGACGAAGAUCCAAAAAAGUCAUCUUUAUCAUUCCAUCCAGAUAAAAGUGUCGUGGCUAAUGAGAAGAAACACGAAACUUGCAUACCAAAAACAGAAGAAAAGAGAAAGAAAGAAAAUCCACUAGACGAUAUUAAAAAGUCCCCUAAGUAUCUAUAAGCAAUAAAAAUAAAGUAUUAUUUAACUCCCGUACGCGUCAAUUGACCAACUCCUAAAACAAUUUGUCUACACCUAAAUAUCACUUUUACUCGAGUCACACGAUAUGUUAG